CAGAGCUCCGAUCCCCGUCCCGACUCUGACUUGCUCACCCAGAGCAGCUGUUCUCUCUCUGCCUCCGUCCUGUCCAGCCGCCACCAUGAGCCAAUCCUACUCCUCCAGCCAGAGACUCUCCUCAUACCGCCGCACCUUUGGUGCUGGCUCAGCCUCACCUUCCUUCCCGCGUGCCUCCUUCGGUAGCAAGGGCUCUUCUGCCAGCUCCGUCUCCUCUCGGGUCUACCAAGUGUCCCGCAGCGCUGCGCCACCCAGCCUGUCCAGCUUCCGAGCCAGCUACUCGGCCCCGCUGCGCUCAGCCUACCAGGGUGCCGGCGAGCUCCUCGACUUCUCCCUGGCCGAUGCCAUGAACCAGGAGUUCCUGCAGACGCGCACCAAUGAGAAGGUGGAGCUGCAGGAGCUCAAUGACCGCUUCGCCAACUACAUUGAGAAGGUGCGUUACCUGGAGCAGCAGAAUGCACUCAUGGUGGCUGAAGUCAACCGGCUCAAGGGCAAGGAACCCACAAGGGUGGCCGAGAUCUACGAAGAGGAGCUGCGGGAGCUGAGGCGCCAGGUGGAGAUGCUGACCAGCCAGAGAGCACGUGUUGAUGUGGAGAGGGACAAUCUGCUGGAUGACCUCCAGAAGCUGAAGCAGAGGCUGCAGGAGGAGAUUCAUCUCAAGGAAGAAGCGGAGAACAACUUAGCUGCUUUCCGAGCUGAUGUUGAUGCAGCCACUCUGGCCCGCAUUGACUUGGAGAGACGUAUUGAAUCACUGCAGGAAGAAAUUGCAUUCCUCAAAAAGGUGCACGAAGAGGAAAUCAGAGAGCUGCAAUCACAGCUACAAGAGCAGCAAGUCCAGGUGGAGAUGGAUGUGUCGAAGCCAGACCUGACAGCAGCACUGCGUGAUAUCCGUGCCCAGUAUGAGACCAUUGCUGCAAAGAAUAUCUCUGAAGCUGAGGAAUGGUACAAGUCCAAGGUGUCUGACCUGACCCAGGCGGCAAAUAAGAACAAUGAUGCCCUGCGCCAAGCCAAGCAGGAGAUGAUGGAAUAUCGGCACCAGAUACAGUCAUACACCUGUGAGAUUGACGCACUCAAGGGCACGAACGACUCCUUGAUGAGACAGAUGAGGGAGAUGGAGGAACGUUUUGCUGGCGAGGCCGGCACUUAUCAGGACACCAUCCAGAGGCUUGAAGAGGAGAUCAGACACUUAAAGGAUGAGAUGGCAAGGCACCUGCGCGAGUACCAGGACCUGCUCAAUGUCAAGAUGGCCCUUGAUGUUGAGAUUGCCACUUACCGCAAGCUGCUGGAGGGUGAAGAAAGCAGAAUUUCACUGCCCAUUCAGACUUUUUCUGCAAUCAACUUCCGAGAGACCAGCCCAGAACAGCGAGGCUCUGAGGUUCACACCAAAAAAACAGUGACCAUCAAAACCAUUGAGACACGCGAUGGGGAGGUGGUGAGCGAAGCCCUCCAGCAGCAACACGAAAUGCUGUAGAUCUUUUCAUCCCCAGAGAGGCAACUGGCGCAUCUCAAAACCCUCCCCCCUACCGCGUGCAAAGGCCCAGGGUUGCUAGCUCCCACGCAGUCUCCCAUUCACCCAUUCUGUGACGGCACCACUUGGAGAGCCUCACACACCCAGCCGCACACAUACAUACGUGUGUGUGCGCGCACGCGCAUGGCUCUCCCUGUACCCCGUUUCCCAAUGCCUCUCUCUUUCUGCUCCCCUUCUGUUUUUCCUGUCCCGGAAGCUGCAGGUGGGUGUGGCUAGGAAGAAUGAAAGAGAGGGGCAGCUGUGUGUGUGUGUGUGUGUGUGUGUGCGUGCGUGCGUGCGUGUGCAUCAAUGCGUAUGUUCCUGUGCCCUUCCUGUGUUGGAGGUGGGGAGGCUUCCUGCUACAAUAGGUUCUGAAGUUCCGGCCACCGCCUGCAGUGUUGAUCUCUCACCCAUGCACCAUGCAGGCACUGACUCCCCACCAACAUGCCCAGACGGCAGCCAUGUGUGAAGCUUCACCCCCAGCCUGAGUGCCGCCACAGGCCCCCUGUCCCCUCAAGGCCCGGCUGCUGCAGCAGAAAUGUGCCUGGUCUGCAGGCCAUAGGGGGACAGGGGAAGGAGGCAGUGGAAGCUGGCACAGCCCAGAGGAUGGAGAUGAGCCAAUUGCCCAGCCUUGCCUCCGAGACCAAAGCCACAGUGUGCCUCUCCUCACCCCACCUCCUGCAGUGGAGCAGGACUCCUUGCCUGGAGGGUUGUGGGGAGGGGCUUGUUAUCUCUAGCUUCAGUGAAUGCCAGUCCCUCCAAUGAAGCAGCUCUCCUGAUAUUCUUAGCUUGCAGUUUUGGCUUCAGACAAGCGCUUACCCUCCCACCCAUGCUGGGAUUUCCUGCCAGGGCAGCGGGCAGAAGGUUGGGAGGGUUGGGCCCCCUUAAAGGAGGAAGUGAGUGGGACUGCUUAGGGUAAAUGGACCCACACCUGCUGCAAAGCAAAGCUCCUAGACUUGGGGUGUGGGCUAUGGGAUACACCGAGGAGGGAAGAACAGCACCAAUGGGUGCCAGCUAGAGGCAUCCCUGUCUUGAGUGUUAUCCCCAUCCUAGAUCCCAAUCUCUCUUGUAGGGGGUGCUGCAUACAAGGUGCCAUUUACAGGAGCUGGAGAAAAUAAGAGAAGGAACUGGCAGGUGAUGGAUUUGGGGGGAGAGAGAGCAAGAGUAUGAAAAAAAAUGUGGGUGUGUGAGUGAAAGAGGAGGGAGGAGAUGGAGAGAUGCUGUGUGCCCCUGACCCUCCCACCCCAGCACGCCCCUGGCUCUGCCAAGUGAUUAAUAAACCAUGGAGCACAAAA